AUGGAUGCUGACAGCACUGAAAUAAAACCCUUGUUGGUUGCAAGCAGUCGCGGUUACAAGGACAUGGUAGAAUAUCUAGUGACCAGAGAUGAUUUGAUAACUAUAAGAGAAAAAGUCGAUGCAUUGGAGCUACUUGGAGCUUCCCUUUUCAUCGAAACGGAAGAUAUAGUCACUACAAUCAACUACUGGACAUCAGCAAUGAGUCAGAGGUAUGUCAACGGCGCCCUGAUUUAUCCAAAAUCUGAGGAUAAUUUGUCAUGUACUUUACGAGAGGACUUCAGUGAGGUCACCACCUUGCAGGAAUUAGAAGAUAUAGAAUUAGACCCUGAGGAAAUUCAUUUGCAGUCGCUUCUCGUGAUGGAAAGGGUAUUAGGUUCCGGUCACAAGCAAACAAUGACGAGUAUUAGGGAAAUGGGGUUUGAUUAUGUAGAUGAAGGUGCUUUCAAGAUGUGCAUUGACUUGUGGGUUCACGCCAUCGAUACACAACGCAAUCAUCUACAUCCACUAAAGCAGAGUAGGAUGUUUCAUUUCGAGUCGUUCGUUGGCUUGUUUGGAUUUAUGACGAACAGUGAAAACGCACGCAUCUGGAAUUAUAACCUGAGGGAAUAUUUUGAUGAUUUUAUGUGCGUAUUUGAUAGAGUCGUAAUAGAAAUAGAACUAUUUAUUUCUUCAUUAAAUAAUGCUGACGAUCAUGUUAGGAUGAAACGUGAAUUUAACCCUCGCCGGUUUAUGAAUGUAGCUUUGCAUUUAUUACUACCGUUUAUAAGAAUACAGCCUGGCCUCACAAAAUCUCAGUGGGAGACGGUGAAAGAAGCAUUGUACAAACUGGUGAAGUUGAAUCCCAGGAAUUCCUCGGGUUCGACUCUGCUGCACAUGGCUUGCUCCAGAAAAUUUAAGGACGUUGAAGAUUCGAUAAUACCGGCGUCUGUCACUCCCAAAACGGAAAUCGUAGACCUUCUGUUAGAGACUGGCUGUGAUCCUAGUGCCACAGACCACGAAGGUAACACGCCCCUUCACGAACUCGCCAUGAAUAAAGUGUGUCCCAAAGAUGUGGUAGAUGCCCUCUUGUCGGGUGGGGCUCACUUAGACGUAAUGAAUAGUCAGGGGCAAACUUUUGCGUCUUUGAGAGCUUCCCGAGGGCAGCCAGUCUCUCAACUGGUGAAUGUUGUUCGUCACACAUCUUUGCAAUGCCUGGCUGCAGCGAGCAUUCGGAGACAUGGGAUUCCUUACAAGGAUGUCUUGCCUUCCAGACUUGUUAAGUUUGUAGACAUCCACUGAUGUGAUGGACAUUUUGUGCAUCGGUAAUGCUGGAUCUCUGUGACAUGAUGUAUACAUUGACUGUGCUUGUAUUUAGAAAAUUUCUUGUAUAUUUAUUUUGAAUUUACAUUAUCUGUACUAAGUUAACUAUAACCUCGAAGAUUCUCUAAUAUAUAAUAAUUGUGUUUGUAAGGAAACUAUAUUAUAGUGUGCAGUGUAUGUAUGCAGACAGUAUACUUUUCAUGUAUAUAUCUUUUCAAAGAGCCUCACUGACUGUAGAAAUCAUUUAGUUUACAAAGAUGUGGAAGGAAUUCCCAUUUGGUAUUCAUACCUUUGUUUCUUUUGUAAUCUCGUUUUCGCGGCAUUUCUUUCAGCAAUGUUUUUCCUACUGCUAUA